AUGGAAGAACAAGGAUCACGUCAAGUCACGAUAGCAGGACUCAAUGACAAGCGGCAAAUUACUGCAUUGUUUGCAUCGACUGCUUCAGGUGAUUUUUUACCACCUCAGAUAUUAUAUCAGGGGAAAACGGAUCGUUGUCACCCGGGCUACAACUUUCCCGAUGCUUGGAAUGUUUUCCACACAGAAAGUCAUUGGUCGAAUCAUAAUUCCAUGAUGCGAUACGUCGAUAACAUCAUUAUACCGUACGUGAAUGCAACCAGGAUGAGGCUUCAACUUCCAGAGACCCAGCAAGCAGUCGCCAUAUUUGAUGAUUUUAAAGCACAUCGCGGCCAAGAACUGUUAAAGAAGUUAAACGAUCACAACAUCUCUGUAGUAUUUGUGCCAGCAUGCUGCACAGAUCGUCUUCAGCCCCUUGACUUGUCCGUGAAUAAGAUCUUUAAGGAUGCGAUAAAGCGAGAAUUCCAGAAUUGGUACGACGAGCGUGUGUGUUCAGGAAUGAAUGAUGGCGUAGAUGACCCGACGCUCGAUCUCCGGCUAAGUGAACUAAAACCGCUUCACGCGAAAUGGCUCGUUACUGCCGUACAGAUCAUUUCCCAACGACACGAUGAACUGAAAGAAGGAUUUCUAAAAGCAGGAAUUCUAGACAGUGAGCCGCCACAGAGCUUGAACGAGACUCCAUUAGACGAUAAUGAUGUGAUGAAUUCCCCUCCGAUGCCUAGGAUUACGUCAACAAAAAGAGGUUUAGUCACAAGAAAAGAAAAAGCAAAGAAUGAAAUUAAUCAGAAAAAAAUAAUAGUAGACGUCAAACCAUUAAAUGAAGUCAAGAUCAAGACAUUGGAUGAAAUAAAGAGAGAGAAGGCCCUAAAAAACAAUCAAAAAACAAAUCAAAAUGAAGUUACAAAAACUGUGCUUGUUGAACCCAAAGUAUCAGAGGUUAAAAAGAUUUCACUGAGAAAGAUGAGAGUGAGACAAGAACGAAAGCUAUACAGACCGCCUGUUGAGUUGAAGUCAAAAGUAGGUGGCUCACCACCUAAUGAGCAGACGACUGUGGAUAAUAAAGUAUCAAGGCCAUCAAUCAAGAGAUUAUCAAAUAUCAAGACCAUUUCACAGGAGAGUGAUGCUGAUCCUGCUGUAAUCAAAGUAAAAAGUCUUGAAGAAAUCUUACAAGAGAAGAAACUGAGACAACAAAAGGAAGAUGAGAAGAAAAAGUCUGAUGCCGAGACUCAAGAAAUAAAAGAAAAAAAAUCAACAAGCAUUCCUAUUGUAUGGAACGAUAGUCCUAUUACUACUGCCCAAAAUCCUGUCGUUGUGAAGCCAGUAUCUGUGACUGCACCAGUGGCAGUUGAACCUGCAGCUGUGAAGCCAUUAGCCGUGACUGCACCAGUGGCAGCUGAAUCUGCAGCCGUGAAGCCGUUAUCUGUGACUGCACCAGUGGCAGUUGAACCUGCAGCUGUGAAGCCAUUAGCUGUGACUGCACCAGUGGCAGCUGAAUCUGCAGCCGUGAAGCCGUUAUCUGUGACUGCACCAGUGGCAGUUGAACCUGCAGCUGUGAAGCCAUUAGCCGUGACUGCAUCUUCGAAAGUAGAAUCAAGUCAAAACUCUACCUCAACUAAUACCAAUGUUAAAAAGAUAAGGUUGUUGAAGAGGAAGAGGAAGAGCUCACAGAGUGAUGCGGCUUCUAAAAAAGUAGCUGUCACUGAAGAGGUGACCACCAGUGAAACAGUAUCAGAUACAGCUCCCAAUGUGGAUUCAACCAUCCCACCAAUACAGGGUAGUGAUAUCUCAACAACACAGACAAAGACAUUGAAAAGAUCAAGGGGUGCAUCCUUAGAAUUGGAGUUGAGAUCAAGUGGUGAUUCCAAGAAAACCAAACCAGAACCAGAUGACAGCAUUGCUUUAGAAGAUGAGUUUGAUGAUCUUCUGAAAGACGAUGACCUAAGUGAUGAUUAUGAUAGAGAUGAUAGUGGUCAUGAAGAUGACUUGUUACUUGAACUUGAUAAAAUGAUCAACAGCUGAUCAUUGUUAACACCUGUAAGGAAUAAUAAAAAAGUGGAAAGGUUAAACUUAAAGCACUUCCCACUCGAUUUAUAUAAAGAUUCUCUUCACUCCAAAUGCUGCUUCUCAGACUCUAGCUUUAAUUGACGUACCGCCAGUUUGGGACAAGAUCCGAGUAUCAUCUGUAACAAAAAGAAUUUUUUCAUUGGGAUACAAGCUAGUAGAAUCUUUUUUUAUUCAAGUCCGGACAAGUCCCAUUGCUUUUCAAAUGUUUAUAUAUUAUUUAAAAAAAAAAAGAUUUUUUUUUUCUGUGAAUAACAUUUUUUGAUAAUUAUGAAAAUGAUAUUCAUAGCAUAAUGUAGCCUGCAUUCACUGUGUUUUUGCUUUGUAUCACUGCAUUUAUUUUGUUCUUACAAACUGAUUGAUCCGCUGUUAUCACUCCACAUAGCAAUUGUUCAUUAUACAAAGAUCUAUAAAUAUGCAUAGUCUAUAUGAAUUGUUGUGGGGCACCCAUUCACAUCUUCAAAAUGGAACCUUUCCAUCUGUUGCUAGCCAAACAAUCUCUUAUAUUGAUAUCUUUCAUCAAACCACUUUUGCUCACUCAGUUUCAAGUGUGAAAUGUACAGAGUUUUAAUACAAACAAACAGUAAACUCAUUUUUCUUCAUCUUAAGAUAUCUCUCAUCUGACUUGCUUUAUGUCUGUGCGCCCAUUACAUUACAACUCAAGAUGGCAUCAAACUACCAAUAUCAUCACUGGUAAUUGGUUGCCAGUUCCAUAUGCUGUAAAUCUAUGUCACAAAUGUGAUGAUAUUGAUAGGAAUGAUAUGACUGAAACUCUAAUCAUCUAACUGUCUUUGCAUAAAACAAAAUAUAAAAAGUUUCCCUCUCAAUAUCAAUAAAAAAAUGAGCAGGUGUAUCAUACAACUAACAUAAAAAUCUAUAAUCUCGCUAUAAAGAGCAUACUUCAGUUCGAUGGAGUUGUUCAUAUUGACGUCUGACUAUAUGGUAUAUACGUAGUACAUAUUCGCACCUUCUGUAUUCUGUCAUGAGCUGAUAGUUUAAUUUCACUCUCUGCAAACGCAAUAUUUUCCCCAUUACCAUUUCUAUAUAUUAUUUGUAUAUUAUGCCAUAUUACCACCUAUGUGUUCUGUACAGAACCAUUGUAUUUUAGUGUAAAAUGUAAUAUCUCCAGUUCCAGGAGCAGGAGGUGACGUCCAGACGCCAUGACUGUAGAAUAUACCAAAUGUCUUGGAUAUAUUCACUUGUUGCUACUAUGUAAUCUCAAAUUUGCAUCUGCAUUCUUAAAAAGAAACACAAGACCACAAUUCUAGAAUUGCCAUCACUGAAACCAGCCACCACUAUUGUCAUUAAUGAAAACAAACACAUUUGUUUACCGGUAUAUACUAGUAUACUAAAUUUGAGCCAAACCUGAGAUGCUGAGUACAUGGGUUUGUAACAAUUUAAUGUUGCACAUCUAUGUGUUCAACAAUGUAAUGUGUCUUGUCUCCAUUGGGUUUAAUACUACCCUUCCACAUGUAUAGUUAUAUGUAAAAUAAGUACCAAUAUUUCUACUAUGUUUUAUGCAUUACAGUAAACGACAGAUUUGUCAUACCAUGCCAACAAAAGAAACAGCUCCAGGUUUAAUUCCUAGUAUUUUUGACAAAUAUAACAAAAUAUUGUACCUUUUUGGGACUGUCAGAAUAUUGUUGGUAAACUAGUGAUGUGCUAGCCAUGUGGCAAGACGUGUGUACCAUAUCCUCAAACUAAAACCUAAUAUUUGUAUUGGCUUUUGUAUAAGCACAUGACAGAUGCAUGUCUGGUCAAAAGUAUGUUGUAUUUUAUUGGUCCCAGUAUACGAUACAGUUUUUGAUUUAUGUACAUGUUAUUGGAGGUGCACUUUUAGAUCAAAUACUGUAUUUUGAAUGCUCUUUAAUGUGUGAAAAUCAAGAAGAAAAACAUCGUUGUUGCUAAAUUUUUAUUAAAAACAACAAGACAUAAAAUUGUGUUACUAGCUUUACACUUUUUAUCCCAACAUAUCACCUGAAGCAUUCAGAGAUAGUUGAAAUGAGUGGGGAAAAAAUGACAAAUUGUAUUUACACUUAUGUCCAUUUUUUUCUGGUACUUGUUUUGUUGCUCACCCAUUCCAAAAAAAUGAGAAUCACUUAUUUGAUCAAACUAAGUGUAUCAACAUAAUACUUAUUUCAACUGCAUUCAUUUUGUGCUUGGACAAUCAUUUAUUCAACAGUUAUUGUGAGCUUUGCCGUCAUCAAUUGUUACAAGGUCUUAUUUUAAAGUCAUGCAUGUUUGUUUAAGCAGUGGAAGUUUUUCUACCUUGCAAAGUCCAAAUGAGAUUUAUUCAUUUAUUCAUU